AGUACACCAUUUAAUCAGAAUAAACACAAUUAAGUGAAACAGUGUGAAUAUAACAAUGGAAACUAAAAGCAACUCUGAGCUCGAAAGGAGAGUGAUCGAAUUGUUCAAUAGCAAAGGUUUCUCUGAUAUUAAUAUCCAGUUCGAAACGGGACCGAAAAAAGGUAACGGGAUUGUUGGUGAAAUAUUUCACGCCAUCAUCAUUGCGGUGAACAUGGAUGGAGUCCCUCAGGAGUUCGAGGCGGUCAUCAAGUGCGCCCCCACCAAUGUGACCUUUCGCGAGAGCAUGCCAGUGAGAAACUACUUUCGUAGAGAAACAUUGUAUUACAACAAAAUCGUACCAAUAUACGAUAACUUGCAGGCUCAAUUCGAGUUAUGUGUGCCGCAGGAAAUGAGGUGCGUUCUCCCGAAAUGUUAUGGAGUCUGUGACGACUUCAGACAGGAAAUGUUAAUCCUCGAAGACCUAAGCAAGAAAGGAUUCUGUGUGGCGCCCAUACAGAGUGUAGACUACGACCAUGCUGUAAUCAUGCUCCAAAAUAUGGCGAAGCUACAUGCUUUGUCUUUCAUUUACGAACAACGCUAUCCGAAAAUAUUUAGAGAAAUGGUGAACGAAAUAAGUGCUCACUUGUUUACGCCAUCACAUGAAGAUGAAUUUUCUGACAAAUGGGCAAUCCAACAUGGAGAA